ACCUGACGCGCCUCAGUGCCGAGGUCGGCGUCGUCGGUGAAGGGUCGUCGGUGCCGCUUUCUCCCCUCGUCAUGUCGUUUCGCCAGCGAAGCCCCUUGGCCGGCCGGACUCGUAGCAGAUCAACUGCUUCAUGGAGUCAAGGCAGGAAGCGCGACGCAGAUGGGAAGCACAGGAACACGCAUGAGCCCAGCGGCCCAACCCUUGACUACGAUUCGUACAGUCUGCCAGAUGGUAGAUCAGAGAGUUUCACAACCCCAGAAGGUCACAAGCCCCAUUCGAGAUGUUCAGACUGGGGGAGUGCAGUUGAAGAAGAUGAGAUGAGGACUAACGUCAACAGAGAAAUGGCAAGAUACAAAAGAAAGCUUCUGAUAAAUGAAUUUGGAAGAGAAAGGAAGACCUCUACUGGAAGUUCGGAUUCCAAGGAAUCUGCAGCAGCCGUGGAACUGGAGACUGACGAGGCUGUUCUAAUGAGGAGACAAAAACAAAUAAAUUAUGGGAAGAAUACAUUGGCAUAUGACAGAUAUAUUCAAGAAGUUCCUAGGUGUCUACGGGUUCCAGGGGUCCAUCCAAGGACUCCAAAUAAAUUUAAAAAGUACAGUCGGAGAUCUUGGGAUCAACAGAUCAGGCUUUGGAAAGUUGCGUUGCAUUUUUGGGACCCUCCCCACGAAGAAGGCUCCGAUGCACAAGGACUUACCCCUGUUGAUCUUGGUGAUAUGGAAACAGAAUCUGUAGGAAGUAAUUCCCAAGACAGCAAUGUGAAUUGUACAGACACCAACCAAAGUGAGAAGAAGUAUUGAGCAUCAAUUUGAUGACUAAAUCCAGCUAGAGGCACCUUCUGGUAUGAAGCUUAUGUGACCGGUAGAAUCGUCUUGUCCUGCAGGAUCCGUUUUCAGGGAAGGGACACCUCCAGUAGAUUCAAACAGAAAUAAGAAAUUUUACUGUGUUACCAUCUAGAGCUGCAGCAACUUUUAAGAUGAAAAUCAAUGUUUCUCUUGACCUUCUUUGAAAACAUGAAAAUGGGGUCAUAUAUAAUUGGCUAAUUGAUGUACCUGCAUAUGAAACAGGUGGCUUUGAAAGCAAUCGGAUUAUAGUUAAGAAAAUCCGGAAUGGGCAACGUUGCCACAGUUGUAGCAGGUUCAAAACAUGGACUUUUAGUAAGAAAAUAGUUUUAGCACUUGGUUAAUGUCUUUUAACCGUGACACAGGUGUAGACAAGGAAAGAGGUGGUUCUGCAUCCUGCCCUGCCCUGUAAGUUUUACAAUGAGGAUGUAUGCUUUUCAAAUUAUCUCUCAGAAUUACCAAACAAUUGGCAAUAACCUUUUCCCAGGAGGCGCAGGCCUCUUCCAGAAAUAAACGGCCUCUUUCAGGUGGCACACACCACCCGAGUUUUAAACCAACAACUUGUAAAUAGUUUUCUGCGGGGCUGUGUGUACUUUUAAGGAAGCAUGAAUGAAGGGAGUCUGGGAAUGUUUUUAUUCAUUCUUAAUUUUUUUUUUUUUUACUAUUGUUGCUGUUUUUGUAUGGAAUAAAAUAUAAAUAAAGCAAGGCUGUCUUUGUAGGACAGGAAUAAAAAUCUGUUGUUUUCAGGUAUUCAGAAAGGAGGUGCAGAUAAAGAUCCAAGUAACUCAAACCAGCUGUUUGCGUAGCUAAUUGCGGUUGUAAGUGAAGGACUAACUCUAGCAGUGAUUGGAUAUAUCUGAAUUCUUUAAAAAGUCAUUUUGAAGUUGCAUCUGUAUUCAGGUAGUUUGGGUUAUUCCACUGAAUUUAAUCAGAUGGGCUCAUUUCUGAGUGAAAGAAUAAAUGAAAUUGGAUUGUAAAAUGAAUGCCUUUGGUGCAAAACUUUUGGAGUAUCUGACUCAAAUCUACAGGCCCCAAAACAACUUUUAAGUCAAUCCCCGCAAGAGUGGACUGCACAUGUUUCAACUCAGAAACGGAUUUUACUUUGCAAGAACUAAUGGAGUAGAUGUGGCUGGUCUUGGGAGGUGCGACUGCC